CUUCCUUCCGUGGCCAGAUAUGAUAGUAAGAGGUGAAGGUGGUGAUGGCAUCGUACCUGUAAAAAGAAAAACAAUGGGAAAACACCAUUAAAACCCGCUGCCAUAUUUAAACCCCACCAUUACUGCACUACCAUAAAGCCCCACUCUUCCUUUGCAAUUUUGUACCAAAUUUUUUUUUUUUUUCAAUUUUCCUCUCUUUUUCUUUUCCUUUUCACUGUUUAGGGGGCAGGACUUUGCCUACCCUUCUUCUUCUUCCCUUUGUCUCUCUGUGUGUUUCUUUCAAGACCAUAUUCAUGUCUGGCUCAUACACACAGAAUUUUUCACCUGCAAGAACUCUGUCUCCACUUAUAAGAACAACCCCAGAUGUUGAUAGUGGUCAGUAUUUGACAGAGCUGCUAGAAGAGCACCACAAGCUUGUACCUUUUAGUCGAGUCCUUCCUAUAUGUAGCCGACUUUUGAAUCAAGAGAUAUUGAGGGUUUCUGGAAUGAUCCCCAACCUGGGGUUAAAUGACUUUGAUAGACUGCAACGUGGAAGCUUGAGCUCCAUGGCUUCUUCAGACAUAUUGCCAAAUAAUAGAGGAACAGGGAUCAUUGGGUGGAAUGGACUACCACAGGAGAGAUUAGGACUGCAGGGGAUGAAUAUGAACUGGCAAGCAGCACCAGCAAGCCCAAGUUCUUAUAUUGUGAAGAAAAUCUUGCGUUUGGAUAUUCCUGUUGAUAGUUAUCCAAAUUUCAAUUUUGUAGGCCGGCUUUUGGGACCUAGGGGCAAUUCGUUGAAGCGAGUGGAAGCUUCUACAGGGUGUCGGGUGUAUAUUAGAGGAAAAGGUUCAAUAAAAGACCCAGAGAAGGAAGAGUCAUUAAGGGGAAGACCAGGCUAUGAGCAUCUUAGUGAUCCUCUGCACAUUAUAAUUGAGGCUGAAUUACCUGUCAAUAUUAUUGAUAUGCAAAUGAGACAAGCACAGGAAAUCAUUGAAGAACUGCUUAAGCCUGUGGAAGAGUCACAGGAUAUCUAUAAGAGGCAACAGCUGAGAGAAUUAGCAAUGUUGAAUUCAACCUAUAGGGAAGAGAGCCCUGGACCAAGUGGGAGCCUCUCGCCUUUCACUUCAAACGGAAUGAAGCGCGCCAAAACUGGGCAAUAAUACUUCAUGAUCCAAUUUCCUCACUGGUUUUUCUAAACACUCUCUGAAUAAUAUUAUCAUUUAAUGCUUCUCAUUAUAUUUCAAUCCUGUAUAGCUACAAAGAAGUGCUUUGAAGACCUGGCUGGCUGGUAGUUUCAACCCUGGUUAUUAUUAUUUGUUGGGUAACAUAAACAUUAACAAGAGAAAGGAAAUAGAAAUUCAUUUGUUAUAACUUUUCUCCAUGUAAUUGCUUGCAGGUGUACAACUAUUAACAAUUGUUAAAUUUGUUCUGUAAUUAUCAUGAACCUUUUUCUUGAACUAGUCUGUAAUAUAUAGCAAUAGUGGGAUCAGGGACUGGUUUUGAUUGC